AUGCCUUAUGACAGGAUAGCUCAACUUCAAGCUCAGAAUGAGGCCCUAAUGCAAGAGCUUACUGCAUAUCGCAAUCAAUGCAAAGUUUAUGAAAGACCGCAUGUCAAUGGAUUUGGAGAUGAAUUUCGUGGCACCAUUGCUCCUGAGGAGAUUCGUCUGUUGGUGAACAAUCUGGAAACGGAGCUUUUAAAUGAGAAAAACAAAAAUUCACGCCAAAUAAAUGACUACCGCCGUGAGGUAGCACACCUACAAGCAGAAUUGAGUGCAUCCACGGCCUGUCAGCGAAACCUGAGUCGACGGAUUGAACAAUUAACCAACGAGUUAUCAGUUUUUAAACGACAGCGCCCGCCAUCUCUGCCUGAGUCACGUCCGUUUGCUUUGGGUGCUCGAGCUGCCAGUGCUUGCUUAUCACGUUAUCAGUGGUCACAACCAAACGAUAAUCGAAGUAAACCGGGUCAAUAUGGACAUAUCAGUCGUCGUGAUUCGCAACCUCGCGGUGGCUCGCUGGAUCUGCUUCCGGGAGUUCGUAAAACUGGUGCCUAUCCUAACACGGUUAGAACUUCAUCAAACUUUGUCUCAAGAGGUAUUUCACUUCCUAUUCGCCGUGUCGGGAGUGCCAGUCCCCAUCUUUGUCGUCCAAUCGUUACUCCUGUAAGUGACAGCGUUCGCCACAGAUUGGAUAAUGCCUCUCGAAGUCGAGAACCUUCUACCGCUUCGUUCAAGCCUUCAGAUUGCUCCCUGCGUUCACGGAGUUGUUCGAAGGAUCGAACUUCACUCAGUAAGUCCGUUGAAGUCUCAUCGAUAUUCGGAUAUUUUGUAUUGUGA